AUGCAAAACAAAAUGGAAGACAAAAAUCAAACAUUGCGCUCGAAAACGCAACUUAAAAAUAUUCUGCGAAAUGCCGCGUUUAAAAAUGAAUUAUCAGCCGAUAUGCGCUGCUCGCGUGCCAAAAUGCUACUGUCGCAAAUGGACGCCAAUGGGAGGAGUCACUGCCAAAGCGAUUUUAAAAAAUAUAUCGUUCCCGAGCCCAAAACUAACGAUCCCACCAGGCCAUCUGACCAGGCAGGCCAACACCCAGCACUGCUGAGCAGCCGCGGCAAACAGAUGCACAUAUGUGCCAGAUAUUUUCCCAAACAACCGGGUCCGCCGCCCAGCGACAAAGCAUUCUCCAUGUGCACGGGCAAACGCAGGGUUUUGGACGCCAUAGUGGCGAAUGCCAAUAGCCAAGUCAGUUCACGCCCAGCGGAGCUGCAAGCGAAGCAGAAGCAGCUAAUCCCCGACAGCGAAAAGGACUACCUGCUGGAGUGGCUGGAGAAGACAGCGCAGUGGGCCGUGCUGGAGCAUAAAAGUCGCCACGAAGCUGCGGCAGAGAAGGCCGCACCGGAAGGUCCAGCUAGCCACAGCGAUGGUGGCGAGUUGAGAGCGCAGAAUCCAUUUGACCUGGCUGCCGCCAAGGUGGAUGAACUGCCGGUGGAACUGUCGGAUGCUGCGGUAGCGGAGCAGGUCAUGAAGAGCUUUGGGCGUAGCGAGAACUUGCGCCCUGCGUUUCCCGAAAGCUGUGUGACGGAUGAUAUCCUAAUGCUGGACAGACCCAAGAAUGCCGUGCGCCUGGACUGUGCGCUGCCGCCAAUGAAUGUGCAGGAGUGCUGCCGGCAGGGCGACUUCGUCAGGAUCGCCGUGUGCAAGGUGUACAGUCCCUUUCAGUUCUGGUUCCACUUUCUGCAUGCCACGGACGACGACGAUCCGCUGGCCGAGCUGACCAUCGAAAUGAACUCGUUUUACAAUCGUCCGUUGGAUCCGGCGUACAGGACAGCGAUGCCCAGCUGCUUUCACAAAGCCGGCUACAUAUGCGCGGCUCAACAUGGAACUGACUGGCGACGGGCCAGAGUGCUGCACACCGCGCCCACAGACGCCACCUGGGUGUACGUCUACCACGUGGACUAUGCCACGUCCUUUGAAUUGUCGCCGAGUAAAUUGCGUUUUCUGCCGGAUCGCUUUGCGAACACCCCAAUACUGGCUGCCCGCGGCACACUGUCGCACAUACAGCCGUUGGGCAUCCACUGGCCGCCGGAUAGCGUCAGUCACUUCAAGCGUUUGGUGUACGACGCAACGCUGCAUGCACAGGUGAUCGAAGUGGACGCCGCGGCGGGCAUUUUCUUCAUGCGACUGUCGCAGAGCAAGGAGUUUGCGCCGUCGAUCAACAAGCUGCUGGUGGAGGCCGGCUUGGCGGCGUUUAGCGAGAACUACAGUCGCGCGGUCAUCGCAUACAAUUGCGGCCGAAGGCUACGCUACCUACGCGAGCGACUGCCCAGCUUCGAGAUACUCGAGUCGCGCACGAUGCCGCUGAAUGACGAGGAGUUCGAGCAGUAUUUCGAUGCCAUCAUCUAUUGCCCCUCGUUCCACAGCGAUUUCCAGCUGCCGCAGCUGCAGAAUCCCUUUCACAGCGGCCUCCUCGAAGCGCUGGCCGCCUGGAUGCCCGCCUAUCGCCGCGAACAGGAGCACUGGCGUCGCAUGUACAAGCAGGCGGACAUGCAGCUGCUGGAGGUUCGUCGGCAGACCAAAAGGAAGGCGGCCAGCGAGACGCACGGGAAGGAAGUGCUGGCCGAGUCUGGUGGGCAAGUGGUGCAGGAAGCUGCAGCGAAGCAGGAAGAUGCAGGAUCACAACAGCAGCAGCAGGAGGAGCCAAACUAGCGCUAGAAACUGGAAACCAAAGCGCAUGAUCCACGGCAGCAACUGCAUCAUUUUGAGGCACCACCAUAAUUGUACCCACUGUAUUUUACCCACAACUUGACCACCAGUUCUUGGAACUUUGCUACCAAACCAAAAAGCUUUCGCAUUUCUUUUCUUCUCGUUUUUUGUUCUUUUUUUGUUUGCCUUUCUAAUACCAACAAUUUUUGUUACCAAAUA